CCUAUUCUCAGAAGCUCCAUUCAUCAAAUUGAACAACGAAGACCAAGGAACUGAGAACUUCUACACUGAUUUUCUCUCAGAAUUACGCUAAAUUCGGGGUUCGGAGUUCUCUCAAUCAAGUGGAGAAGAUUUUUCCAUGGAGAAGAAGCAGGGCAGCAGCAGCAGCAAAAGCAGCGGUCCCCAAAGGCCUUCUCAAAGGAAGAUGAUUGGAGCCAAAGCGAUGCGAAUCAACGAAGAUGAGGGCGCUCGCCUUGUCGGCAGCAUAGUCGAAAAGGGCAUUUCCGGUAAGCCUCCUGCUCCCUCUUCCGCUCCUCAGCCCACUGUUCUCCCUUUUCCGGUCGCACGACACCGCUCUCACGGUCCGCAUUGGAGUCCAUUUGGCAGUAAGAUGGGUGGUGGGAAUGAUAAAAAGGGUGCUGACAAUAGUGAUAGUGAUGAUGGAGAAGAUAUGGAUCUUACUGGUUUUGAUCAAAUAGCUGCUUUUGCUAAUCCUAUAGAAAGGAAACAGAAGAAGGGUUUGGAUUUGAGCAACUGGAGAGAGCUAGUCCCUAAUGAUAAUUCUCUUCUUCCUGCUGAAAAGAAAGAUAAGGUUUUAUUAGCAGAACUUAAGGAGCAAAACAACAAGGGCAAAACAACUGAAAAUGCAGACAAGAGAAAGAUGUCUUCUUACGCAGCAUUAGCUGAUGCUGAUGUGCUUAAUCCUAAAGAAAUGAAUGUAGAAUCAGGAUUAAAUUCUGUUGCUGACAAUAUGGAAUUAGAUAAAUUGGAUCCAGUGCCUAAUAUUGCGAGAGCACAACCUGAGAUAGUAGAAAGUAUGAGGCCUAGACUAGUAGAGGUGCAAAAGAAUCAAGGGCAAGUGAAUAUGGAGGAGCAAUCACAUAUGGUUCCUGGGUCAGAAAAUUUUGGAAUUGACCAAGGAUCCAUGACUCUUGAGAGUCAAAUUGAUGCUGAAAAUCGUGCACAGUUGGAGAGAAUGUCACAUGAAGAGAUUGCAGAAGCACAGGCUGAGAUAAUGGAGAAGAUGAACCCCACAUUACUGAAGAUGCUAAAAAAACGGGGCCAAGACAAACUGAAGAAGCAAAAAUGCUCAGGGUCAGAUCUGGCUACCAAUGGCCAAUUGCAUAAUUUACAAGAUGAGAAUCAGUUGACACAAGACACAAAAGGUUUCUCAGUCGUGGAGAGUGAUGAUUCUCAUAUGGUGACAGAAACAGCCUCAAAAGAUGCACAGAGGGGACAAGAUAAUGUUGCUUUACAGAAUUCUGGUCCAGGCAACAGCGGUUUGUGGAAUGCUUGGAGUGGGAGAGUUGAGGCUGUCAGGGAUUUAAGGUUUUCUUGGGAUGGAACUGUUAUUGAAAAUGAUUUUGGCCAGGUAUCCAAGGCUGAUAACAAUUCUGUUCGUAGUGGGUAUAAUGCUGAUAAUGUUACUGAACGAGACUUCCUCCGAACCGAGGGAGACCCUGGUGCAGCAGGUUACACAAUUAAAGAAGCUCUAGCACUGGCUAGGAGCACGGUGCCAGGACAACGGGCCCUUGCAUAUCAUCUCCUUGCGUCUGUGCUGUAUAAGGCAUUGGACAAUAUUCACCAACAUCAGGUUGGGUAUACCAUGAGAAGUGUUAAUAACAGCGGUGUGUUUAUUGACUGGGAGGCAGUUUGGGCUUAUGCACUAGGCCCAGAACCAGAGCUUGUUUUAGCACUGAGGAUGUCUCUUGAUGAUAACCACAAUUCUGUGGUUUUGGCUUGUGCCAAAGUUAUUCAGUGCGUACUGAGCUGUGAUAUGAAUGAGUACUUUGUUGAUGUCUCGGAGAGACUAGCAACUUGCAAGAAAGUUGUAUGUACUGCCCCGGUGUUCCGAAGUAGACCAGAGAUUGAGCUUGGUUUCCUUCAUGGUGGAUUUUGGAAAUACAACACCAAACCUUCUAAUAUUUUUCCUUUAAGUGAGGAUAUCAUGGAUGCCAAGAGUGAAGAAAAACUCACCAUUCAGGAUGAUAUUGUUGUUGCUGGACAAGAUUUUGCUGCAGGUUUGGUUAGGAUGGGAAUCCUUCCUAGGAUUCGUUAUCUGUUGGAGACCGAUCCUACAGUAGCUUUGGAAGAAUGCAUGAUUUCUAUACUUAUUGCAAUAGCAAGGCAUUCCCCAACAUGUGCAAAUGCAAUUAUAAAGUGUGAAAGGCUUGUUCAGACGGUUGUUGGCAGAUUUGCUGAAAAGGACAAGAUGGGAGUCUAUCCUUCUAAGAUAAAGUCAGUCACUCUCUUGAAGGUGUUGGCUCAAUCUGACAAGAAGAAUUGUAUAGAGUUCAUAAAGAGUGGGAUUUUCCAGGAUGCAACUUCGAAUUUGUAUCAAUGUCCAUUGUCCCUCGAUCAGUGGAUAAAAUCAGGGAAAGAAAACUGUAAACAUGCGUCAGCUUUGAUGGUUGAACAACUACGCUUUUGGAAGGUCUGCAUUCAAUAUGGAUAUUGUGUAUCUUACUUUGGAGAUUUUUUCCCUGCCAUGCACCUGUGGUUGAAUCCACCUACAUUUGAAAAACUCAUUGAGAACAAUGUUCUUAAUGAAUUUGCUGCCAUCACCACAGAAGCAUACCUUGUUCUGGAGUCUCUGGCUAGAAGACUUUCAAAUUUUAGUUCACAGAAGCAUAUAUCAGAGCUUGUGGAUGAUGACAAAGAGACCUGGUCUUGGAGCCAUGUGGGUCCUAUAGUCAAUAUAGCUUUGAAGUGGAUGGCUUUCAAAACCAAUCCAGACAUUUCUAGAUUCUUUGACCAACAAAAAGGAAUUGAGAGCAAUUCUGUUCACAAAGAUUUGUCAAUGAGACCCUUGUUAUGGGUGAUUUCAGCUACCAUGCACAUGCUUUCUAGUGUGCUCAAAAGAGUGACCCCAGAAGAUACCAUCAGCCUGCCUGAAAGUGGUGGGCUCCUGCCAGGGCUGCCUGAAUUUGUCUCCAAAAUUGGACUAGAAGUAAUUAAUAAUUCGUUUCUGAGCUUCCCAGGUGUGAAUGACAAAGAAUAUGGAACUGAUCCUUCUGCAGGUUGCUCUUUCAUUGAGGAGCUGUGUCAUUUGAGACAUCAUGGUGAUUAUGAAAUAUCCUUAGGUUCUACUUGUUGCCUUCAUGGACUAGUCCAGCAGGUUGUUUCCCUUGAUAACUUGAUCCAGCUGGCUAAGACUGAGAUACAAACUCCAUCUUUCCAAGGACACAGUUUCGCAAAAGAGGGGAAAGUACUUGAAGAUGGGGUACUCAAAUGGUCACUAAUUGAAUUGAAAACUGGGCUAAUUACUUUCAUGAAGCUAGUUACUUCAGAGUGGCAUUAUUUGCAGUCUAUUGAGAUAUUUGGAAGAGGAGGUCCAGCUCCAGGAGUUGGACUUGGUUGGGGUGCCUCUGGUGGAGGGUUUUGGUCCAAAACUGUUUUGUUGGCACAAACAGAUGCAGAAUUGCUCAUUCACUUGCUUGAAAUCUUUCCGUUUUUGUUUUCUGAAGAUAUACCUUUGGAUGAGGACAUGACAUUUACCAUUCAAAGGAUCAACUCUGCUUUGGAAGUAUGUUUAACUUUAGGACCAAGGAAUAGAGUGACCAUGGAGAAGGCAUUGGAUAUCUUGCUCCAAGUCCCUGUUCUAAAGUACCUUAAUCUCUGUAUUUGCCGUUUUCUUCACCUUAAUAAGGAAAUUAAACAAUUUGGUUGGGUAUAUCAAGAAGAGGACUUUCUGAUCUUCAGUAAGAUGUUAGCUUCUCACUUCAGAAAGAGAUGGCUGUGUGUAAAAAAGAAGUUUAAAGCAGUGGAAAGCAAGAGUUCUUCUGGCCAAAAAGCGUCAACUAAGGGUAGUGAAUCUCUGGACACCAUUCCCGAGGACAUGGACAUAUCAAAUACGACCAUUCAAGAUCAUGACUGCCCUUCUUUGUUAGUAGAGUGGGCUCACCAAAGACUUCCACUUCCUGUGCACUGGUUUCUGAGUCCAAUAUCAACCAUCCAUGAUGGUAAACAUGCUGAGCCUCCUAGUACUUCUAAUAUACAAAAUUUGGUGAAGAACCCCACUGAUUUUCUUGAGGUAGCUAGAGGUGGACUUUUCUUUCUUUUAGGUAUUGAGGCAAUGUCCUCUUUCCUUUCCUCUGAUGUGCCUUCUCCUGUUCGGAGUGUACCAGUAAUUUGGAAACUGCAUUCUUUGUCUGUGACCUUACUUGAUGGAAUGAGUGUGCUUGAAGAGGAGAAAAGUAGGGAUGUCUAUGAAGCUUUGCAGGAGCUGUACGGGCAGCUUCUUGAUGAAUCAAGGGUUCACAGAAGCACCAAACCUAUGCCAGAAACUGGAGAGAAAAACAGCAUCGAGUUCCUGAGGUUUCAAUCAGAUAUUCAUGAGAGUUACUCCACAUUUAUCGAAACUCUCGUGGAGCAGUUUGCUGCUAUAUCUUAUGGUGAUCUGAUCUAUGGCCGGCAAGUUGCCAUUUAUCUACACCGAAGUGUAGAAGCUCCAGUACGGCUCGCUGCUUGGAAUGCGCUAUCUAAUGCCCGUGUCCUUGAACUUCUGCCACCAUUGGAGAAAUGUUCUGCUGAUGCUGAAGGCUAUCUUGAACCAGUUGAGAAUAAUGAAGGGAUUUUGGAAGCUUAUGUCAAGUCAUGGGUUACUGGUGCUCUGGACCGAGCUGCAACUAGAGGAUCAGUUACAUUUACACUGGUUUUGCACCACCUUUCAUCAUUCAUUUUUGAAGAUGAUGCUGAUGUUAAGUUAUCACUGAGGAAUAAGCUCGCAAAGUCCCUCCUUAGAGAUUACUCUCGUAAGCGACAACAUGAGGGCCUGAUGCUGCAGCUUAUCCGACAUAACAAGCAGUUCGCAUCCCCACAGCCUGAAUGGACGAAGGAGAGCGAAACUGAGAAAAGAUUCCGGUUUCUGACAGAAGCUUGUGAAGGAAAUGCUUCCCUGUUGAAGGAAGUAGAGAAACUCAAGUCCUCCUUCAGGCAAGACCAAUAACAGAAUCUUGUUACUUACGAAAAAUUCAUCACAUUUUGUGUAUAUUUAAGAACAUACAGCUAAAAAAAAAAAAAAUUGCUUUACCUAACACAUUGUAUGGAGAACAUCAAAAAUUGUCUUGAAGAGUAAUCGACAUAUAUAGACUAAUUCCUCAAAGAAAUGUAGGACCCAUUUGAGAGGUGACCCUUGGAAAA